AUGGCCACAGCCGCCGUCAUCGGGCUGCCCGCGGGGAAGAGGUUGCUGACCACUCCCUUCUGCCCGUCGGACCUCUCCGAGAAAUUCUUCUCUCCGGAUCAUGGGUCGGGGCAAUUCUCAGCCGCUGCCUUCGCGAGGAACUUCAUCGUGGCGAAGAAGACUCCAGAGCUCGGCCAGAGCACCGCCCACUGCCAAAUGCAGACGCGGGCCAUCAAGGCGCUGGAGGAGUACGUCGGCGCCUUCUCUGCGCUAUCCCAGCAAUCCAGCGUGUCCCACAAGGAGGACGAUCGAAAUGCGGAGCUUCCCCUGGAGGCCCUCCUUCUGCUGCAGAAGUCCUUGCUGGAGAAGCAGUGGAACCUUUCCCUGGACCAGCCCUUCUCCCUUGAGACGGCCCGCAAGCAGCCCGGAGUCGUCCGCUCGGGCGUAUCCGCCCGACAGAGGAGGACGAGCACGAGAAAGAGAGGCUCGAACCAGGGAGUCGUAGUCGGAGCCCUGAGAAAGAGGAAGCAGCCUGCGGCUGCAGUGAGCCCCGAGCUGCUGCAGAAUCGGCCGAGGGGGUACAUCAGAGGCGCCAUAAGCGACGGCCUGCUCACUCAUGCCGAAGUGGUGAGCCUUUCAGAGAAGAUCAAAGCCGGCAUUUUCCUGGAGGAGCACAAGUCCAAGUGAGUAUCCGAUGUUAUCCUAGGAAAAUUCUGUGUUCUAUGCUUUCCAUCUGGUCAAAUGAUUCAUUUUUUUACUCAAAUCCUACCCAGUUCAGCCUUGUUUGUCGUUACUAAGGAACACCCUCCCCAGAUUAUGCAGAAAUUUCCGAAAAAAAUGGAAGGUUUUACACUAGAAAGAGCGAGGAAAAUGUGAACGUAGCAGAGAAUAAUGAUAAUAUUAAUAUCAUCAUUGAAAAAGAAAACCCUAGCCUCCAAGAACGCCUCCAUGCUAGAUCUUGGUCACCCUUUCAUUCUUGCCUCUGCUGCAUGCUGCCCCAGGCUGGAACAGAGACUGGGAUGUGAGCCGACAGACAAGCAGCUGGCAUCUUCGCUGAGGAUGUCAAGUUCGGAGUUGCACUCGAGGAUGAUCGAAUCCAGUUUGGCGAGAGAGAGGCUCGCGAUGAGCAACGUCCGCCUCGUCCUGUCGAUCGCCCAGAAAUACGACAGCAUGGGCGCCGAGUUGGACGACCUCGUUCAGGUGACGCCACCCAGCUCUCCGAUAGCUUCCCCCUAUAAGCUGUUUAAAUCUUGGAUCUCUGAUGGCGCCGGUAAGCUUCUGUAGAUCACUCUGGUUUUGCGGGAAGCUGACUCCUAGUCAAAUCCACAGGGUGGCCUGAUCGGCUUGUUACGUGGGAUAGAGAAAUUCGACUCGUCCAAGGGCUGCAGGAUCUCAACCUACGUGUAUUGGUGGAUCCGCCAGGUGAGUUCACUGGGUUGACCGCCGUAUUUUUUAUCUCAUGCGCCGUCUUCUGGAUUGCCAUUUUCCGUCGCGUGAUGCUGCCGCUUAGACGUUCUCCGGUCGCCGGGUCUUCUGUGCGAUUCAAAUCCUCGAUCCCAUGCAAAAACUACAGCGAUGUUCUUGAUCCUGCUGCUUUCCGCGGUUUAUCUGAUGCGAUUCUGUCUACUCGCAGGGAGUUUCGAGGGCGCUGGUGGAGAACUCGAGGAUCCUGAGAUUGCCUUCGCACCUGCACGGAAGGCUGUUCUCUAUCCGGAGCGCGAAGACCCGGCUGCAGGAGAGAGGAAUCGCGCCAUCGAUCGAUGUAAGCCAAUGGAUAACUUAUCGGCAUUGACGCCGGGCUUCAAGCUCCUCUGAAUGCUAGCCGGCCUCCUCCGGCUGAUUCUACCGUCCGGCCGUCGUCUCACGGGCGCUCCUUGCGUGCAGAAAAUCGCGGAGUCCAUGAAGAUGUCCACGAAGAAAGUCAGGAACGCCGUGGAGGUGAGCAGAGACCGAUCCUGUCUGAUCCGCGCCACGGUGUUUUUUCUUCUUUUUUUUCCCUCUCCAUCGGGCCCUGAUUUGCAUCGACGCAGGCGGUCAGCAAGGUGCUCUCCCUCGACAGGGAAGCGUUCCCCUCUCAGGAUGGCCUAUCGGGCGACACUCUUCACAGUGUACGGCGAAGGGGUUUGAUCUUCUCGGAGAAGAAAACGAGCGUGGGUCUUCGAAAAUGCGCUGAUCCUGGAGUAAAAAUCUUUUCUUUUUGUUUUUUUUUCAGUAUGUUGCGGACGAUCACGCUGAGAACAACCCCUGGAGCGGAGUUCAGGAGUGGUCUCUCAAGGUGAGCGGUGGAGCAUCGAGAAAGAGGCUUGACUUUGUGUCAUAUGUAACCGUUCCCGAAGACGAUGCUUAUUUUGGUGCGUUGACCUCUGUCUCAUCAUCUGAGGAUUGGGUGCCAGGAAGAAGUCAACAAGCUUCUUUGCGCGACCCUCAGCCAGCGGGAGAGGGACAUCGUGCGCCUGUACUACGGCCUGGAGAAAGACUCCCAGACGUGGGAGGACAUCAGCAGACAGUGAGCGCCGCCUUAAACCCUAAACACUCCUAUUCUUUCACCCGUGUCCCCAUUAGUUACUCCCACCGAGUUCGUCUGAUCCACCAGUUGGGUCUGGGUCGGCCGCCAUGGCGGCGCUUUCCUCUCUGCAGGUUCGGGCUAUCCAGAGAGCGGGUGCGGCAGGUCGGGCUGCUCGCCCUGGAGAAGCUGAAGCAGGAGGCGAGGAGAAGGGGGUUGGAGACGAUGCUGGCGCAGCAGUGA